AUGGAGCCCUCCUCGGCCAAAGCCAAAGCCUCCGGCCGCCUGCUGCUCUCCACUCCGCUGGACUGUAAGGACGAGUUGGAGGAGAGGUUGGAGCGCUGUGUUGGCAUCGUCCAGUCACUGACCAAUGGGCUGUCAGAGCGAGAAGCUAACGAUGCGUUGACCGCAAACGUUUGUAAGGGGCAGCAGCAGCAUGAGGAGGUAUGUCUGGGUUUGUUUGCACUGAUCCUGACAGAACCAGCACAAGCCCAAAGGUGCUACAGAGACCUAACACUGGUGAACAGAGAUGGAAUGAACAUUGUUUUGGUCAAAGUGAACCAGAUCCUCAUGGAGAAGUUCCUCAAGCUGCAGGAUGCCCCACGAACACAGAUGGUCUGGCUGGUCCGUGAGCUGGUGAAGACCUCUGUGAUUGGGGCAGAUGGAGUCCUCAUGACGCUGCUCAAACAGAUCGCAGGAGGAGACAUCUCCAGUAAAAACCUGUGGUUAGCAGAGAACGCACUGGACAUCCUCUUAGACCAGAAGGAGUGGGUGCUGAAGAGUGGGAUGCUGGUUGCCAUGUCUGUUUACACUUAUUUGCGUUUGAUCGUGGAUCAUGGAGCCCAGAACCUUCUAACGCUGAGACAGAAGGAAGUGGAGUACUGCGCAGGGAUGCUGCGAGACAAGUUUAUGGACUGUGUGGUCAUCGGCAGAGAUCUGGUGCGUUUGCUGCAGAAUGUGGCUCGAAUCCCAGAGAUGGAUCUUCUCUGGAAAGACCUGCUUCACAGCCCUCAGAGCCUGAGUCCACAGUUCACAGGGAUCCUGCAUCUACUCACUGCUCGUACGUCUAGAAAGUUUUUGGCCUGUCGCCUCACACCGGACAUGGAGACCAAGCUACUGUUCAUGACGUCACGGGUCCGGUUCGGGCAGCAGAAGCGGUACCAGGACUGGUUUCAGAGACAGUACCUGUCCACGGCCGAGUCCCAGUCCCUACGCUGCGACCUGAUCCGCUACAUAUGUGGCGUGGUGCACCCUUCCAACGAGGUCCUCAGCUCCGACAUCCUCCCAAGAUGGGCCAUCAUUGGGUGGCUGCUGACCACAUGCACGUCGAAUGUGGCUGCAUCCAAUGCUAAACUUGCUUUGUUCUACGACUGGCUCUUCUUCAACCCCGAGAAAGACAGCAUCAUGAAUAUUGAGCCGGCCAUCCUGGUCAUGCAUCACUCAAUGAAACCUCAUCCUGCCAUCACAGCCACGCUGUUGGACUUCAUGUGUCGGAUCAUCCCUCACUUCUUCCCUCCGCUGGAGUCGCAGGUUCGUCAGGGCGUCUUCAGCUCCCUCACCUUCAUCAUGGAGAAGAGAGUCCUGGCGCACCUGGCUCCUCUCUUCGAUAACCCCAAACUGGACCGUGAACUGCGCUCAAUGCUCCGAGACAGAUUCCCUGAGUUCUGCAGCGCCCCCUCCCCCCCGACUGAAGUGAAGCUGGACGAUUCGUCCCUCUUGGACUCGUCUCUUUUGGACAAAGAUGAAUCUGGAUACGACCACACGGAGGCGGCGUUUUCUGAUGACGAAGAUGAGAUCAGCUCAAAAGGGAAGAAGCGUGAGUUCCGGUUCCAUCCAAUCAGAGAAGCCAUUGUUGAGGAACCUGCUGACAUCACACCGUGGUUGGACCAAUUAGAAGACAGCAUAAAAGACAAAGUGCAACAAUUACAGAAAACUAGCGACACAGAGACUCAGUGUGAGGUGAUGCAGGAGAUUGUGGACCAGGUUCUUGAGGAUGACUUUGACCAGGAACAGAUGUCUUCUCUGUCCUCGUGUCUCUCGGAGCUGUUCAAGGAGCAUUUCAGAGGGGAUGUUCUACCGGACGAGAUCACCGAAGAGUCUCUGGAGGACUCCGUGGGGAAGCCUGUUUGUCUCAUUUUCAGGAACCUGGUCCUGAUGCAGGAGGACAACAGCGGGUUCUCGGUUCUUCUGGACCUUCUGGCAGAACUGUACCAGAAACAGCCCAAGAUCGGAUACCACCUGUUGUACUACCUCAAAGCCAGUAAAGCGGCAAAUGGGAAGAUGCUGUUGUACGAGUCGUUUGCUCAAGCAACGGCACUCGGAGAUCUCCACACGUGUUUAAUGAUGGACAUGAAGGCCUGUCAGGAGGACGACGUGAGGCUGCUCUGCUUCCUCACACCCAGUAUAUAUACUGAGUUUCCAGAUGAGACUCUUCGGAGUGGAGAGCUACUCAACAUGAUUGUGGCGGUGAUCGACUCCACUCAGUUACAGGAGCUCAUGUGUCACGUGAUGAUGGGAAACCUGGUGAUGUUUCGGAAAGACUCUGUCCUCAACAUCCUCAUUCAGUCGUUGGACUGGGAGACGUUUGAACAGUACAGCACCUGGCAGCUAUUCCUCGCUCACAGUAUUCCACUGGAGACCAUCAUUCCAAUACUGCAGCACCUGAAGUACAAGGAACACCCUGAGGCCUUGUCGUGUUUACUGCUGCAGCUGCGGAGAGAGAAGCCUUCAGAGGACAUGGUGAAGAUGGUUUUGUCCCGUCCCUGUCACCCAGACGACCAUUUCACCACAAGUCUGCUGCGACACUGGGCCACACGCCACGAUGAGACUUUGGCCGAGAACAUCAAGGCUCAGCUCAUAAAGAACAACAGCCAGCCCCGGAAAAGACAGAGUCUGCGCAGUUCCAGCUCUAAACUGGCUCAGCUGACUCUGGAGCAGAUCCUGGAACAUCUGGACAAUCUGAGACUGAGCCUCCAGAACGUCAAGAACAACUUUUUCUCUCAGACUCCAAUUCUUCAGGCUCUGCAGCACGUUCAGGCAAGCUGUGACGAAGCACACAAAAUGAGGUUCAGCGACCUCUUCUCAUUGGCUGAGGAGUUUGAAGACGCUCAGAACAAACCUCCAAAGUCACGGCGUAAAGCGGCUGCUGCCUCCAGCCCACGGCAGAGGAAAGGCCCCGCCCCCCCAACUGCCACAGCAACCACUGAAGAGGAGAGUGCAAGCAGCAGUGCAUCGGAGGAGGAAGACUCGAAGCCUAAAGCUCCGAAGAGGAAGAGGAAAGGUUCGUCGGCAGUGGGAUCUGAUAGUGAUUGA